UGCAAUUUGGCUAACUUUUUUCCUUUUGAGUCAAAAAAACUCACUGCAAGUUUCUCUUUGUUUUAUUAGAAAAAUAAAUCAGUCUUUAAAAAGAGCUUUUUAUAUGCCUCUACAUCUUCUUCCUUCGUCUUCUCUUUAGCUCUCUUAUGUAGUACUGUUUUCUCAAAUCAUUCGUACAAAAAUGCAAAAUCUGAACCACUUCCAAAGCUAAAGCUAAAGUAGAGAGACUGUAACGCUCUUUUUCAGAUAAUUUCACUUUGAAUCUUUGUUGAUGGCUCCUCCUCCAAUGACCAAUUUGUUAACGUUUUCUCUGUCACCAAUGGAGAUGUUGAAAUCACCUGAUCAUUCUCACUUUCCUCCUUCUCCUUACGACGUUUCUUCAACUCCUUAUCUCAUCGAUAACUUCUAUGUAUUCAAAGAAGAAGCUGAGGAGAUAGAAGCUGCUGCAUCUUCAAUGGCGGCGGAUUCAACAACCUUAUCCACUUUUUUCGAUUCACAAAUCCUUUCUCAGACUCAGAUUCCAAAGCUCGAAGAUUUUCUCGGCGAUUCCUUCGUCCGUUACUCCGAUGACCAGACCGAGACACAAGACGGCUCUUCUUCUUCUUCUUCUUCUCCCCUCACUCGAUUCUACGAUCUACGUCACCACACCGUUACCGGAGGAUUCUUCUCCGAUCAUCAUCAUCAACACGAUUUCAAGACGGUGAACUCCUGCUCAGAGAUCGUCGUCGAUGACUCAGCCUCCAACAUCGUUGCGACUCGUCUCUCUGUUCAGGCGGCGGGGAAGUCAUCAUCAACCACGGCGGAGCUAGGGUUUAACAACGGUGGUGCAACCACCGGAGAAGCUUUGUCUCUGGCGGUUAACAACAACACAUCAGAUCAACCACCUCAGAGCAACAAGAAGACUUCAGCUUCUACUAAAAAGGAAACAUCGGAUGAUUCGAAGAAGAAGGUUGUCGAACCAUUGGGACAAAGAACUUCGAUUUAUCGAGGAGUCACCCGACAUAGAUGGACUGGGAGAUACGAAGCUCAUCUAUGGGAUAACAGCUGUAGAAGGGAAGGUCAAGCCAGAAAAGGACGUCAAGUGUACUUAGGUGGAUAUGACAAGGAAGAUAAAGCAGCUAGAGCCUAUGACUUAGCAGCUUUAAAAUACUGGGGUCAUAUUGCUACUACAAAUUUCCCGGUAGCUAGUUAUUCAAAAGAACUUGAGGAAAUGAAUCACAUGACCAAGCAAGAGUUCAUUGCAUCUCUUAGGAGGAAAAGUAGCGGUUUUUCGAGAGGAGCUUCUAUGUAUAGAGGUGUCACAAGGCAUCAUCAACAAGGUCGUUGGCAAGCAAGGAUCGGCCGUGUCGCAGGCAACAAAGAUCUUUACCUCGGAACCUUUGCAACCGAGGAGGAAGCAGCGGAGGCUUAUGACAUAGCAGCCAUUAAGUUCAGAGGAAUCAACGCAGUAACUAACUUUGAGAUGAACCGCUAUGACGUUGAAGCAGUCAUGAAAUGUUCUUUCCCCGUAGGAGCUGCGAAACGCCACAAGGUCGCUGUUGAAUCUCCCCCUUCAUCUGACCAUAACCUCCAACAAGAUCUGCUUCCGUCCUCUUCUUCCUCUGAUGUUAACCCUAACUCAAUCCCAUGUGGUAUUCCAUUCGACCCGUCAGUUCUUUAUCACCACCAGAACUUCUUUCAGCAUUAUCCUUUGGUUUCUGACUCCACAGUUCAAGUUCCUAUGAACCAAGCUGAGUUUUUCUUGUGGCCAAACCAGUCCUACUAAUAUCAUAUGGUUCGUUCUUGCUUAGACUUUUUGUUCACCGUAGCUAACCGAGGACCCCGAGGUUUAUCUUCUUGAUUCUUGCUAUAUAGAUGGAUCUUUGAAGUUCCCUUUUUAACUGUAGUCUAAGACAGCAGUAGAGGGGGUAAAAGUUGAAGAAGCAGAAACUUUUGGGGGGGUCAAUU